CGCGCCAGAGAGCGGGCGGGAGGACGCUAUGGAACAGAGGUUAGCAGAGUUUCGGGAGGCCCGCAAACGGGCGGGGCUGGUAAGCCAGCCCUCCACGGCCAGCCAGGGCGAGCAGACCUCAGCAGCGAAGGCGGAGCCAGCGGCGGCGACCCCAAAGACAGCCACUGGCUGGCUGCGACGCUUCCUGAAGCGGAAAGCAAGCCCUGCCGUUAUGCGGGCCCGGUCCAACCAGGCUCAGGAAGAAGCUCAGCAGCCUCCACAGAGCGCGGCGGUCCCUCUGCCUUCAUCUCGACACCAGUCUCUCCUGACUAACAUCACCUUCUUGAAGGUUCUUCUCUGGUUGGUCCUGCUGGGUCUGUUUGUAGAACUGGAAUUUGGCCUGGCUUAUUUUGUCCUGUCUAUGUUUUACUGGAUGUAUGUAGGGACUCGGGGUCCCGAGGAGAAGAAAGAGGGGGAGAAGAGCGCCUAUUCUGUGUUCAACCCUGGGUGUGAAGCCAUCCAGGGCACCCUGACUGCAGAGCAGCUGGAGCGGGAGUUACAGCUCAGGCCCCCGCUGGGGAGGUAGGACCUGCCUCAGCUGGUCUUUGUAGCCUUGAACAUGGACUCUGGAGAACAUACUCUUUUCCCUUCAUCUGCUGCAGUUUCAUUUUUGGACUCCUCUUGAUUUAGGUGAAGUUUUCUAAAAGAUAUUCACUGUGGGACUGGUGCAUUUAUAAAAGCCAUAUAAGAAGGAAGUUGGUUUGUCUCAUUACUGGAGAGUGGUCAUAAUGGCAUGUUACAGAUGCAUUGCGUGAUCCUCUGGUUUACCCAGUGAUUUGAUGGAUGAGCAGGCACAUUGGGGCUCUGUAUUACACCCAAGUACCCUUUUUAAGUAUUUUAAUAUUUGCUUAUAGCCAUAUUCCAGGUCAUCCAGGUGGACUGGUCUCAAUUUUUUGUUUUUA